AUGACAAUAUUUAAACUCUGUGAAAGAGGGUUGACAGUAGCCACUUUCUCUCUCUUCUCUGCAUUGACAAAGAAGCUCCCAGCAAUGAAACUCCACGCUGCAGCUCUCCUCAUCAUCUUCUGGUUUGGCAUCUUCACUGUGCACGUGGUGAAAGGGAGCAUUGGAAGUCAACCCAUGCGCAAACUGAGUUGUGUAAGUCUGUCUACACAGAAACUGAACAUCAGAAAUCUUGUCAGCUAUGAAAAGCAAGAAGUUCCAAUAAAUGCCAUCAUGUUUAUCACCACAAAAGGUAUCAGGAUCUGUGUAAGCCCUGAAAACAAGUGGGUGCAGGCUGCUGUGAGGAAAAUAGACCGAAGACGGACCAUCACAGGAAAUAAUCCUGUCCUAGGCAAGGCCAACCAAACAGAAUCAUCAUCAGAGCUGCACAUCACAGGGAAAAAAGCCUGA